UCGAGCGUUCAACGUGCGAGAGAAGCGCAGGCGACGAAGUGAGGACAAGUUUGGGAGUUCCGAUCCGGAGUUCGAUCUUUUUUUUUCGCGUCGUCCGAUCGACAGCAAGCUCACGUCAAGAUGUUCAGAUACGCGGUAAUCGGCGCACUCCUCGUGGUGUCUGUCCUGGCUGCGCCAGCGUCGCAGGACGCCGCGGCGGCGCCGCCACCCUCGAUCCUCGAGGAGGCCCUCGACGUGUACGCUUCCUGUUCCGGGGAGUCGAGCAUCGCGGUGUGUCUCAAGCUGAAGGCCCUGCGUUUCGUCGACCGUGCCGCACGCGCGGCCGACAUCGACGUCAUCGACGGUUUCAAGAUCGUGCAGACCGAAGAGGCCAAGAAUAGCCGCGCUGACAAUGCAAGGUCCCUUAAUGACAUUGAGAGCACCUUACCGGCCGAGACCGAAGCCAAAGAAGCCGCAGUCGACCAGGCCAUCAUCGACAGAGCCGCCAAGUUCUUGUCCACGCACACUGUCGAGCUCAGCCUCCCUGAAGAAGUCUCCCGCUCCUUCGAUGAAGCUCGUGGCAAGAAGAAGAAGAUCGUCAAAUCGCUCCUGCCGAUCCUGUUGCUGCUGAAACUGAAGGCUGCCGCCCUCAUUCCGAUCGCCCUCGGCGCCCUGGCUCUGAUCGCUUUCAAGGCCCUCGUGAUCGGCAAGAUCGCCCUGAUCAUCAGCUUGAUCAUCGGUCUGCAGAAGCUGCUCGCUCAGAAACACCAGAGCUACGAGGUCGUCGCUCAUCCCGUCCACGACUACGGACACGACGUGCACCACGACCAUCACGGCUGGGCGAGGUCUUCGGCUGGCUCCGAUCUCGCGUACAAAGCGUACAAGCCCUCUGAAUAGCUCAAUGCCAUGUACAACCUCCCCUCCCUCUAACUUUCUACCUUCAUUCGCCAAAGUGAUCGCCCGUAACCCGGCGAUCACCCGGGGCCGGCGCGGCUCAGCUUCUCAGGGAUCCGCGGACAAACCCAACCCUUGACCAAACCCCGACGCGACGAGGACUGUCCUGACGACGAAGACGACGACGACAACGAGAACCACCUGGUUGAACGCAGCUCCACGACUUGAACGACUUUGUUCGACGAUUCGACGGACGGUUACUGGAUCUUGCGCUGACCGGAUUAACGUGACGAAAACCGGACGACCGUACGAGACACCGGAGCCGACGAUCGAUAUCCGAAUUCCACUGAUGGAUGAAGACUCGACGCGCGAUUCCGGCGACUCCGAGCUUGAUUAUCGAUCACUUGAUUACACGAAGGACACUGGCGAUCCAGAGGCAGUGAGAGGAUCUCGGCAGACUCUCAGGAUUACUCGGUGGAACCUGUCAGAAUGGUAGAAGUCGCGCCUCCUCGCUCACACCCGCGCGGUAUCCUUUCGGAGUCCUCCGCGGCGGCCUGUCGCACGCGGAACGACUUGUAGUCAGUACUCGCGCGGGUACACCAGAUUUAAUCCAAUGAUGUUAUUUAUAUAUCGAUCACCCCCCGUUGGGAUCAUCAUGUAACUUAUCACAUUAUUUAUAAAUAAAUUGUAAUUUUUGUAUAAUAUUAA